AUGGAGCGCAGCGAGCUCCUCCAGCUCCUCAAAUCCUGCCGCAGUCUCUCGGACGCCAAAAGACUCCAGCUCAAAUGCCAGCAUCUAAAUCUCUGCAACGAUCUCCUCGUCUCAAACCGGCUCAUUGAAACGCUCGCGAGAUGCGGGAGCGCCGAGGGAGCUCGAGAGCUCUUCGAUGGCAUGGCCCUCAAGAACGCACACACCUGGGAUUUCAUGCUCGCAGCCUACAUUCGCAGGGGGAACAUCAAUCUCCAGGCGGCCGAAGAGAUCUUCCACGCCAUGCCACAGAGAACUUUGAUCUCGUGGACCUCCAUGCUCCACUGCUAUGCCCAGCUCGGGCAUAUAGACAGAGCAAAGGCUCUUUUCGAUCAAAUGCCCCAAAAGGAUAUCGUUUCAUGCACAGCAAUGCUCAAAGCAUAUGCCCAAUGCGGGUAUCUUGUCGACGCCAAGUCAGUCUUUUAUAAGAUGCCCUUCAAAGACUUGGUAUCGUCAACCGCAAUGCUAGAAGCAUAUUCCCAAGAUGGAAGCGUGAGCGAUGCUAGAGCCUUGUAUGAAGAGAUCCCACAACACACUCUUGUGUCUCUAAACGCCAUGCUCCUGGUAUAUGCUCGAAAUGGGCAUAUCCCAGAUGCGAAACGAAUCUUCGAUGAGCUCUUGCCACACCGAGAUCUAGUGUCGUGGAACACGAUGCUGUGCGGCUAUACACGAGAGGUGAAUCCAGAGGAUGCGCUGAGAUUCUUUGGCGAGAUCCCUCUAUACACGCUCCAUUCAUGCAACGCGAUGCUCAACGCAUAUGCCCAGAAGGGGGAUCCAGACGUUGCUAGGAGAAUCUUUCAAUCGAUGGGAGCCCACGACCUGGUGUCAAUGAACUCCAUGCUGGCAAUGCUCGCACGGAUCGCGAGCGUGGAGGAAUGCGAGAAGGUUUUCCGCUGGAUGCCGGAGAGGAGCUUGAUCUCUUGGACCUCGAUGCUGGCGGCGUAUGGUCAGGAAGGCGAUCUCCACCGCGCGAGGCAAGUCUUCGAUGAGAUGCCCGAGAUCGAUCUGGUGUCGUGCGCAGCAAUGGUGGGAGCGAUCGCGCAGUAUGGAGAUCCGUGGGAGGCAAGGAGAAUCGUGAACGAGGCGAUGCCGGAGCACAAUCUCUACUGCUGGAACACGCUCCUGGCGGCGGUAGUGAAGAACAAGAGCCUGGCGGCGCCGCUGGAGGAGGCGGGGCACAUCUUCGAUGCAAUGCCCCACCGGGACCUCAUCAGCUGGACACUUCUCCUCUUCUCGCUCGCCCAGCACGGCAGCGACCUCGAUCGGCCCAGGCAGCUCUUCGAUCGAAUCCCUGUCCACGAUCUCGCCUGCUGCAAUGCUAUGCUCCUCGCCUACGCCCGCCAUGGCGAUCUCCUCCACGCAAAGCGAUUCUUCGAUGCGAUGCCCCAGCGCGACAUCGUCUCCUGGAACACGAUCCUCGCGGCGCUGGGCUCAAAAUCCCUGUUCGAAGCGAUGCCCCAGCGGGACCUCAUCUCCUUCUCGCUCGCCGGGCGCCUGGACGACACCAUCGACGAUCUCCCCUGCGCGAUUCCCCCCGGCGACCCCGACCCUAAUCCCUGGAACGCGAUUCUGCUCGCCCACGCGCGGCUGGGCCGGAUCGAGCACGCCAAGCACAUCUUCGAUCGCAUCCCCGAUCGAAACCCCAUCUCCUGGGCGAUGAUGGUGGCCGCAUUUGCCGCGGCCGGGCAUCUCGCCCACGCCAAGCGCGCCUUCGAUCAAACGCCCCACCGCGACCUAAUCUCCUGGAAUGGCAUCCUCUCCGCCUACACGGGGAAUGGCCACCUGGCCCAAGCGCGCCACCUGUACGAGAGGAUGCCGUACCGCGACACCGUGACCGCCAACGCGAUGAUGGCCGCCUUCGCCACCACCGGCCACGCCGCCGAUGCGCUCCACGUGUUCUACUCCGCCAGCGCCGCCGCGGCCGACGGCCCCGAUGCGUCGAGCUUCGUCUCGGCGCUCGCCGCCGCCAGCCACGCGGGUAGGGUUGGCCUGGGCGUCGCGCUCUUCGCGUCCAUGGCGGCGGAUUUUGGGAUCGCCCCUGUCCAGCAGCAUUGGUCGUGUAUGGUGGAUCUCUUCGCGAGAUCGGGGCAUCUGUGGUGCGCGGAGGAGCUGCUUGCCCAUAUGCCCUUCGCGCCGGACGCGCUCGAGUGGAGGAGCUUGCUUGCCGGCGCGUCUAGGGUUGGGGGCGGCGGGGGUAGCGGCGAUGCGGUGGCGGCGCUGGCGAGCUUGGAUGAUGCGAGCGGCGGAGGGCACGCGCUGCUCGCAAACCUUUGUUCUAGGGUUUAG